UUUAAGUAUCAUUUUCUCCAAUUUGAGGAGCGGAGGUAACAAUGUCUGUUUUACCUUGUUGUAAUCGCUGCACGCAAUCAGUGGUUGUCUCUGUGUUCACCAUUCUUGUGCUGUUCCACCAAACUUGCUGUGCUAAGCAUCGCGCAUCCUGUCCAUCUUCUUCGUGCGGCGAAAUUCACGAAAUAAAACAUCCAUUCCGACUGAAAGACGACCCUCGAGAUUGCGGCCUUCCCGAGUAUGAAUUUGAUUGCGUGAAUAACAGACCAUUAGUUACACUGUUUUCAGGGAAAUACUUUGUGGAAGAAAUCAAUUACGAUAGGUACCAAAUCCGACUGAUUGAUCCGGGUGUUGUGGAGGACACUUCUUGCUCUUUUCCUCGCUAUUUCUUAUCCACACAAAAUUUCAGUGGAUAUGACGAUGAUCUGCUGGCUACGUUGUCUGGGGAGGACUAUGAGUCUGAGACUGCCAAAGUAGCGUUUGGGGAGAAUGUGUAUGAGCCUGCAAAAGUGGUGUUUCUAAAUUGUAGUGAUCGAGUGAGUGAUGAUCCUCGAUAUGUGGAAGUGAAAUCCGGCGGUUGUGAUUCCGGAGGCUAUAUCUACGCCGUUGUGGAUCGCGGUAAGAAGUUUCAUCCGGAAUUUACAGUGAUGGACGUGAAGGCAGGGUGCAGUUUAAAGGUUGCUACCUUCGCAAACUGGACACAUGGUGUUUCCUAUAGAGAGUCGACAGAUAACAGGAACGUUUCCUAUGCUGAUAUCCUUAAAUCUCUGGAAAAGGGAUUUUGGUUGACUUGGUUACCACUUGUUUGUAGGGAUCACUGUGGAAAUGGUAUCUCUUGCAUCCUCAAUCAAACCACACAAGAAAUUCAGUGCAUUGGUUGUCUUAGGAUGAACUACUAUGGCAGCAAUUGUGGAACGCUAUCUUUAAUUGAAGAAUACCUUACAGGUUUUUUUGUUGGUAUUAUAAAAGGAUUUCUUCAUACAAUAAAAAUCGUCAAACGAUCAUCACCGUAUUGGAAUAUUGAGGGAGAAUUUAUAGGCGAUGUAAUUCUACCAAUAUUUAUAGCAGCUAGAUAUUUAUUCAUAGUCCUACUUUUUCUAGUGCUAAUCAUCUAUAAAUGGCGUAAAAGACAUUUUUCAAUGUUUGAAAACAUUGAAAAGUUUUUGUUAGACAACAAUAUAAAUCCAAUUAGAUACGAGUACAAAACGGUCAAGAAAAUAACUAGAGGUUUUAAAGUGAAGUUAGGAGAAGGAGGUUUUGGUUGUGUGUACAAAGGAAAGCUUCGAAGUGGGUUAGAUGUUGCAGUAAAGAUGUUGAGCAAAUCUAAGAAUAAUGGACAAGAGUUUGUUAAUGAAGUAGCUAGCAUCGGAAGAAUACAUCAUGUGAAUGUAGUAGGUCUUAUUGGAUAUUGUGUUGAAGGAAAAAAUCGUGGCUUGAUUUAUGAAUACAUGUCUAAUGGGUCAUUGGAUAAAUAUAUUUUCUCUAAAGAAGGAAGUGUUCUUCUAAGUUAUGAGAAGAUUUAUGAAAUAUCUCUUGGAAUUGCUCAUGGGAUAACAUAUUUACAUCGAGGUUGUGAUGUGCAAAUUUUACAUUUCGAUAUUAAGCCUCAUAAUAUUCUUUUAGACGAUAACUUUACUCCAAAGGUUUCAGAUUUUGGGCUUGCAAAGUUGUAUCCUACAAAGGAUGGAUCCAUUAUUUUGACUGCAAUAAGAGGAACAUUGGGUUACAUGGCUCCAGAAUUAUUCUACAAAAAUGUAGGUGGAGUUUCUUAUAAAGCCGAUGUUUAUAGUUUUGGAAUGCUUUUGAUGGAAAUGGCAAGUAGGAGGAAAAAUUCAAAUCCUCUUGCGGAACAUUCAAGCCAACAUUAUUUUCCAUUUUGGAUCCAUGAUCAAUUUAAAGAAGAGAAAGAUAUUGACAUGAAAGAUGCUUCAGAAACGGAUAAGAUUUUGAUGAAAAAAAUGUUCAUAGUUGCACUUUGGUGUAUACAAUUCAAACCAAGUGAUCGUCCAUCAAUGAGCAAGGUUGUAGAGAUGCUUGAAGGAAAAGUUGAAACUCUUGAAAUUCCUCCCAAACCUUCUUUUUAUCUUCAUGAAAUAUUAGAACAUGAUGGUACAAUCAACUCAUGGAGUGAUUCAACUAGUUCUAAUGUGAAUGUUGAUACAAACAUGCCUAAUCACUAGUUUUUGGAAUCACUCAUUUUGUACAAGUUAUGCUCAUACUCUUUUAUGACUUCUUAAUAUUCUCAAUGUGUUAUUCUAUAGU